GUUGGCCGCGGAUGGGGUGGGGCACGCGACGACGCCCCGUACCCCUAUAAAUUCGACGAACCACGAUGGUGGAAGUCAUAAUGCGAAUCCCAAGCUCUGCCGAUAGUCGCUGGAUCGACCUCCGCCGAGCUUCGACGUCAUGAUUCGAUACAUCGUUCUCGUUUCCAUUUUCGUUUUGAACGUGGCCCACUGCGCGCCGCAGUGGUAUCCAGGAGCCUAUGGGGGGCACGCAGCUCCAGCCCCAUUGGGGCCUGACGGCCGGGUGGUGGACACGCCGGAAGUGGCCCAACUGAAGGCGGCUCAUCUGGCCGCUUUAGCCGACGCGAAUGCCAGAGCGCCAAAAGGACCCGGCGGCCCCUAUCCUGGUCCCCCUGGCUCCUACGCGCCUGGAAACUAUGCACCUCAUUACAGCGGGCCACCAGCUCCUCUGGGGCCGGACGGCCGCGUGGUGGACACGCCGGAAGUGCAACAAGCCAAGGCGGCUCACUUCUCCCUGUACAACGCCGCCGCUCAGUCGAGCGCCCCGCCCGGCCCGGCUGCCCCCUCGUGGAACCCGCACGCGGGCGCAUCCUCAUGGAACAAUCCCUCAUGGAACUCGGGACACGAUUGGAACCAGUGGAAUUAGGAUCGUCUCGGACUAGAAACGACUAGGCUCGCUAUACUAUAUUUCAUCCAGUUUCAUUUCUUGAUCGAUGAUGCAAGGAUUCGAUCCCCUUGGAUCAUUCGAGUUUCAACUACCUCCAGAAAGAAUCUUUAAUCUCCAGGAUGGAAGAAGUGUUCUCUUGAUAUUCUGCGACGUCUGCAUUUUCCAUACCACUUUUCUUUAAGCUUCCUUGUCCCCUCCCUCCUCCUGGUUCUGUCUUCUCUGUGAUUCGUCUACCUCUUCCGGUCGUUUGUCCUCAGAUUACUUUUGAAUUCGAGGUUGGUUUCUUUUCUCUUGUUUAUUUUAAUAUUAUCUACCUUCCUCGAUCAAUUUCGUUGUUAAUAAUUGUAAAUAAAUACGCCAUCGUUAUUAUACGAAAAUUGUGUUGGAAAAUGGAUAAAAAUCAAUGUUUCGAUAAUAGAGGAAGCAAUUUUCUUUUCUUUUCUAUUUAUUAAUGAAAAUUUAAGGGAGAAAGAUUCAUCAACUUUUGGAAAUAAUUUUCACGAUUCGGAUGGACAAUUUGAAUUUAAACGGAGCAUUGAAACGAGAGUUGAAUCAAUGGAAAGAAUACGAGAAUUUUUCUUCUCGAAGAUAGAAAUUUGCAACGAUGGCGUAUUGUAUGCAUCGUGAAAGUGAAAUAGAAAUGUGUUUGAAUCGUCGAAUGGAAAUGAGAUAACGGUGAUACGUACCGUUACAGUUAUUGUAUACCGUAUUAUAAUAUCGUCACAUACCUCUUCAAGGUGAUCUCUCUCUUCGUCGCUUUUCGCGUUAGUCAAAGUCUGCGUGGAAAUUAACCUAUGAAUUAUUCAUAUAAAGAUUAUUCAAUGUUAUCAUGUUUCUCUCUUUUAUUGUAAUUAGAAAAAUUUACAUGUACAUUUGUAAAUUGUCGUGUACAUAACGGAAAUAUGAGGCGAAUAAAAUGCAACGUUUUGCUGAAAUAAUCUUA